AUGCCACCUACGACGAUCCGUACGCCCCCCUCUGUGGAGGAUUACACUCCUCUUGAGGAGUUCCAGACGCAGACCCCUGAGACCUUUGUGGGCGGCAAGCCCAUCCUGCACCUGUACGUCUCCAACGCCAAGGCCACGGUCCCCAAGUCGCAAACAGGCGUCCUGGCCGUGUUCCCAGCUGAUGCUCCUGCAGCCUCCAUCAAUACCGAUGGAGAGGCAGAGCAACUCGUAGAGCGUCAGGUUGACGUCUUUGUCAACUCAGAGAACUUUACAAUCUUCAGCAGGGACGCCGAGGCAGGCGUGUCCAUUCCCUACCCUUCCAUAUCGAUUCACGCCGUCAAGCAGGUUGCCGACACCCCCGCUGUAUGGAUGCAGCUUGAGUUCUCAGAUGGCGGAGGCGACGAUGAUGACUUUAGCUGCGUAGAGCUGACCAUUGUGCCCCCCGCGGCCUCGACAACGUCUCCCGAAGAUGCAGACACACGGAGCCCUGCAGUUCGGCUGUACGAGGCGCUCGCUGCGUGCUCCAACCUUCACCCGGAUCCGCAGGGCGACGAAUACGAUGAAGAUGAUGAAGAUCGCAUCGUAAUCGAGGGCAGUGCCGAUCACGAGGCGCUCGAGGGCUUCACGGGCGUCCUCCACGGCUCUGCCGAUGGGUCCCUCCCGCCGCCUAUGCCUGGGAGCGGUGGUUGGAUCACGGCCGACAACGUGAACGACUACUUUGAUGAGGAGGGCAACUGGAUCGGUGGAGGCGACGGUGCUGAAGAGGCUGGCGACGAGUCGACAAAUGGCGCCGGCAGGACGCGUGCCCACGAAGAGAUUGACGGAGAGGAUGUAAAUGGCCAAGUCUCCGAAGAGGCGAAGCGGCCGAGGGUUGACUAA